AUGGCGGAACCCUACGCUGCCAAGUGCUACUCCAGGAUCCCCCUGGCUCAGUCCCACUCACCCCGGCCCCCUGGGGAGGCCACUGUCGGGGGGGGGGGCAGAGCGGGCUUCACAGGUGGGCGAGCCCCAGUCCCUGAUGGCCCCAGCAUGGCGGGCCCAUCUGGGACCCUUUGGCUCCAACUCUGCCUCUCUUCACAGUGCCAGGCCUUAGAAAAAUACAUGGAUGCUAUGCAAAGUCAAAGCGCAACACAUAAACAGGUCCUGUCCAGCCUGGCAGAGCUGGAGGACAAGCUCACUGAGAGCUCGCUUGAAGUCCUGGAAACUGACUACCUGACUGAUGACCUGGUGUGGGCCAGCGUGUGCCCAGCCCCGCACGCUGAGAUGAGGGCUGCCACUCCCAGCUUCCCCCAGCACACGGUGGCCAAAUCCCCGCCCUCAACUCAACCCAAGAUUGAGCCCCAGUGGGCUGGGGGACACGCAGAAGCCAUCAGCGAACGGGCAGAUACAAACCUCGGACGGAACCCCGUUCCGCAGGAGUCCGCUCCUCUGUGUCAAGAAACAAGGGGGGAACUUCGCUGCAGGGUGCAGAGGCCCUCCGUCCCACAAGAGCCAGCGGCCCAGGGGCCCGAGGCGGUGCUGACCUCGUUCCAAGCGAUGAUGGAGCAAAUGCUGAAGAGGUGGCAGGACGCGCUGUCCUGGGUGCAGAAGCAGCUGUCAGCCUGUGCCCAGAAGGUGGCCCUUGCGUUGACGGCCAUCUGCAACGUGUUUGAGCGUUUCUGCUGCAGCGUGGCAGGGGUCCUCCAGUUAUCCCUCCAGGUCUAG